AAUUCGCCCCAGAAGAGGAGCGAGGUGCUUAACUAGUUAAGCGAGAAAAUACUAGCUGGGCAAAGAAUAAUAAUAUAAGUGACUAAGUUAAGUGAAUUUAUGUUAAAAUAAGAAACAACGCGUGAAUUUGAUACCCUCAGGACAAGUAGAAAACACACACCACCAACCAUGAGUUCCAAAGAUAAAUCAAAGUUCAAAAUGUUUUUGAAAUCGACAAAGACGGCAGGCAAUGCCGGGGAACGUACCUUGCGUCCGGAAUUCGAGAGAGAACUGCGACCAGAACAGCCAGUGGCUCAACGAUGUAGAAUGCUAAAAGAAUUAGGCGAUAUGCAUCUGCACAAUAUCAAUUUAGAUGAGGCUUCCAUUACCAAGUUGUGGCAUCUAACCAACGAUCUCAUUGUGCAUAAUAAACCGGCUGAGACAAGACAAGUAGCGCUACAUUUCUAUAAGCGCCUCAUCUAUACACAAUACAAAAACUUGACGUUAAUGCGGGAAAAGUUCUUCCUGGUCAUACAAAAUCAUGAGGCGCGUGAAGAUCUGCGGCAUUUGCUGGAACUGCUGGUCACCCUCACUGACAACGGCAAGGAUAUUACCAAUUUUGAGGAAAAAAUUGGUAAAUUCAUGCUGAUGUGGAUACCAGCCAUUACAGAUGCCGAUCUGCUGUGCCCAUAUCUGGAAAUGUUGGUCAAUCUAAUUAAAUUUAAUGCCGCCCAUUUAGAUAAGGAUAUACUCGUGGGCAUUGUACAGAAUGCCUGUGAUUUGAGUUGCACUGUAACCGAUGAUGAUAUUGGCCUACAGUGCCUAACCAUUUUGGAAAUGGUCAUUGGCUAUACAAUAUUCCCCAGCGAACCACUGCCCCAGUGUAUCAUAACACUGUGCCGGACUGUGAAUCAUUCACGUUACUGUCCGGCGUCAUUUAAGAUCAUGAAGAAUUUGUUGGGUACACAACUGGGCUAUCAUUCCAUGAAGAUGAUGUGCAGCAUUCUGAAUGAUCGGGGCCUGUACGAGGAUGCCCAGUUGCUGCGUGGCGCCGUCUUUCAUUUAACCAUGAAUAUCUUUGGCUCGAACAUCAUCUUUCAGGUCUCUCCCAUGAUCUAUGCAACGAAUGUGCUGACAGGAUGUCUUCGUGCCUUGGACAGUCGCCAUGUGAUUGUCACAUAUGAAGUGAUUUUAAGUGUUCGUAUGGUAAUUACAAAAACCAAAUUAUCGGAACUUAUAUGGGACAGAAUCUGUGACAUUAUGUCAGCCAUUGUAAACAACAUUGAGUACUAUGACAUGUCAGGGGUGAAUAAGGAACGACUGCAUCAUUUGGAAUACAAUUUCCAUGAGAAUAUCGAUUGCAUUGAGAAGCUGCUGCAGGACGAGCGUGCUCAGAUAUUGGGCAAUGUGGAUCGGAUUUAUGAUCUAAUUGAACGUGUGGCAGAUCGACGUCCAGAAGCAUCUGUCCUGGCUCUCAUCGAGUAUCGAACAAGUCGGAUAACUGCCACGCGGCCUGAAUGGCUACAGCUAUUAAUCCAAUUUGUUCGUCGCUAUUAUGGCAUGAGCAAUGUGAAUGUUCGGAUAAAGACAAUCAAAUCGCUGGUACGGAUAAUGGAUUUGAAUCGCUCCUGCUACGAAGAGGAAAUUCUUGAUCGCGUUGUCCUACAAUAUUUGGCGCCCAUACACCAGGAGCCGAGUGUUCAGGUGCGUGUGGCUGUUGCCUGCGCUUUGGCCAAUUUCGCCAGCCACUGCGAUACGAAACGGUGUAUGGAUCUAUUGGAUAUCCUCGAAACGAUUAUCAAUCGUCCCUUUGAGCAAAUGUCCACACGCCACAGCGUCGUUGGCGACAAUGUGACUAUGGUGGGCAGUGGAACAGACAUGGCCAUUGGAGGUGCUGCCACGGGAGGCAUUGGUGGUGGCGGACUCGGUGUGAUUAAAAAUGAAUUAGAUAUUGCCGACAUAAUAGCAGCUGUCGAUGGCCUAAUCGAAGUAUUUGGCAUUAAACUGCAUCGCCUUCCUGCCACCCAUGCCAUUAAGAUAUUUAACAUAUUGAUGGAUCAUCUGGAACUUCACUAUGAUCGCCCCAAGAUCUUUGAACAGGCCUCGACUGUGAGAUAUAAAAUUUUCGCCUGGAUGCUGAAGGCUCGAGCCAAUGGUUCCUAUCACAUUGGUUAUCCUGAUGCUGCGAAUAAUGAUGCACUUAAGUUCAGUCAUUAUCUGGGCAUAGAUUCUCCGUUGCCACCGCAAUCGCAGACGACGACAAUUUCAAUAAGACGUUGCUGCAAAUUGAUCAUACGAUCCCUAGACCAUGAUAACGAUUAUCAAGUCUUUCUGCUAGUCAUUAAGGAGCUGCCGAAAAUCCUUCACAACAAGGCUCUCAUCCAGGGCAAUGACAUUGAGGAGCUAGCCAAUACGUUGUUCAAAAUCAAUUCGUAUAGCAAUAACAAAUUCAAACGGCCCACCGAUGAGUUUCAUGCCCUGGUCCUGCCCGCCAUAGCAUCCCUAGUUAUUUAUCAUGAGUGCUUACAGUCGACUCAGCAUAAUACGAUCAUCUCGGUGCUUAAUUCAUACAUUUUGACUGGCAAUGCAAGCAUGUGCAUCAACACAAUGACCAUCCUGAUAUUGGAGACACCAGAGGCUUUGAUGCGCCAACUGCCGGAUGUCCUGCUGCAGAUGAGCAAGAUGUCCGAUACGACAACUGUGGCCAUUCCAGUGCUAGAGUUUCUAUCGUUGUUAAUCCAUUUGUCCAAUCAUCUGUUCACCAACUUCACGCCCAAGCAGAACAUGUACGUUUUCGCCAUUACACUGCCCUAUACUAAGCCCCAUCGGUACGAUCACUACACGGUGUCCCUGGCUCAUCAUGUGAUAGCCGGCUGGUUUCUCAAGUGUAAAUUGGAGUUGCGCAGAAACUGUGUCAGCUAUAUCAAAUCGUCUAUGCAGUCGAAUGCCAAGAUGUUGUCCAAUGAUAUUGUUUCGCUUAACGAGGAUUCAUCGAAUCGCAAACGCAGCACGAGUUUAACCGAACGUGGCAGUCGAAACAAUGCCCCUGCCCGUGGUAAUGACUCAGAGAUGCGUCCAUCGAUGAAUAACAAUUUGCGCAAUUUCCAUGAUGAGUUGGCCGAGACGUGUUAUGAUUUUCUGGCACGGCAUACAUUUUCACCGUGUCCCUCAAUGCCCAAGAGAUUGCCCGCCAUUGAGUAUCUGCUUAAGGAUGGAGUCUCUCAAACAUGGCUUGUGGGACAUAAUCUAGUCACCAUUACUACCUCCGGCUGUGCAUCAGCACCCACACGUAAUGGCUUGUGCGAACGUUGUGCACAAUUGGGCAAAGCUCCAAGCAUUAGCUUGAAUUCAAAGAGUCUCAGCGAUGCCACUGUGCCGCCGCUUUCCCCCGAACGCGAACGCCGCUACACCAAGGUGAGCCUGCAGCACAGUAGCGGCAAUGAGUCGGCGGGAAGCACAGAGUUAACAUCAUCCUCGUCCUCCAAUUCGGCGGCCACCCAGCAUCCUCAUCGACAGAUAUCAAAUAGUUCGACCGCCUCGCUGGAUGCUUUGUCGCGUCGUGGUUCCAAUCCAGAGGCUUUGGCUGGUGGACUAGGUGGGGAAGGGCCCCAUACGGGCAGCAAUACAUCCCUGUUAGGCAACUCUUUGUCGCAAUCAUCGACUAGUAUGAGUCCCUCGGCGGCAUCGAUGGUGGUGCAGCAACCGGUCUGUGUGCGAGCUUGCACAGGAUGGGCUGAGAUUCUGAUUCGACGUCCAACGGGGAAUAUAUCAUGGAUAACCCGCAUACAGAAUCCCAUAACCAAUGAUUGUUUUGGCCAGGACUUGCCCUUUAACAACAUGGUAUCCAUGUUUCUGCCCACAGCCUAUGGGGGAGUAUUUGGGCCGGACAGCACGACACUGCAAGUAGCUCAGCAACCGCCCGUGGAACCGGAGCCAGCUCCAGCUUUAGCAUCGAACACACUGCACAGCCGUAUGGUGGCCAAGGCGCGGGCUCUGCAACGCCAGGAGGAGAUACAUUCAUCGACUGGCAACUCUGGCCCGACAGCGGCCAUUCCAAUACCGCGAGUGGCCUCCAAGCGCGGCAAGGAGGCGGCUCUGUCAGGCAGUGUCAGCGAUGGCGAGGCCGACGACGAUACACUAGCCUUCGAGGAUGCUCAAAGUCGGGCUCGCAAUCCAGUGAGACGUGUGAAUUCCAGCCCAGAGAUGACUUCCAGUUGGCGGCAGACGUUUCUUCAGGCUAAACCCCCACCACUUUCUGGUCAAGAUCUCUCUGGUGGCAGCUCCAAUCCGACCAAAGUGGCAGGCGAAGAGCCUCAGCUGCAGUUGACGCUCAAGAAGAAGAGUGUCCAGUAUAGUACCAAAGAUAUGCGAGUCAGUUGCGAGGCCAUACCAGAGGAGAUAGCUGGCUCCACGCCACCGCAGACCCAGCAGGUGGUUCUACAGCCGGAAAGUGGCAUGAUGUUGCCCCCGAAGCAGCAUUCCGCCGACGAUGUUAGUAGUCAGGUUGUAGCUGGCACUCUUAAGCUGGGCAAGCCACCUUUGUCGCCGGGUCAAGCGCCACCUGCCAUGGCCAAACAGACAUUGACAAAGGUCACCAGUUUUGGUGCCCAGCCACAGCCACAGGCACCACAUGUUCCUCCUCCCGCCCUGGCAAAGUCGAAUAGCAGCGGUAGUAAUGGCGGAGGAGCAGGCGCCGGCAGCUCCAUUGACUACAACAAUGGCAACGGCAACGGGGACAUGAUGCGUGGCCGAUCCAAGACGAUCUCAGUGGUCCGUGAGGUUAACAACGGCAAGGCCCGUCCACCAGCGGCCAGUUUUCGUAGCUUUGGUAGUGGGGCCGCCAAGCCGCCCAUUAAUGCCAAACUCUGCAUGAAUCCCGGCUUCAUGUUGCUCCAGCUGUACAGUGAUUUUCAGCUGGGCGCCGAGAUGCCUCUGAAAUUGGGACCGGAGCAAGCAAGUGCAUUGACUUUGCUGGAUCUGGUUCCACCCUUUGAGACGCACAAAAUCGGUGUCCUAUAUGUGGGUCAGGGUCAGUGCAAUAAUGAGGUGGAAAUUUUGCGAAAUUCUUACGGUUCCACGCGUUACGUGGAGUUUUUGCGCAGCAUUGGCACUCUAGUUAGCCUGAAGGAGUCAGAGCAAAAUAAUCUAUUCAUCGGCCUGGACAAGCAUGGGGCUGAUGGGAAAUUUGCCUACAUUUGGAAGGAUGAUAUACUACAGGUUACUUUUCAUGUGGCCACGUUAAUGCCUACCAAUCUAGUGGAUGAUGCCAACUGCAAUGAGAAGAAGAAACACAUUGGCAAUGAUUUUGUGAAGAUCAUUUACAACGACAGUGGCGAGGAGUGCAGCCUAACCACCAUUUCAGGUCAAUUUAAUUUUGCCUGCGUCAUUGUUGAACCACUGGAGCUAAACUCAAAUCGGAUUUAUGUGAAGGCUCGCUCAGAGAUCAGAAAUUUUGUAUGCCAUCCGGAGCCGCGUAUUGUGUCCGAUCGAAGUGCUCCUCUGUUGGCACGCCAAAUGGCGCUUCAUGCAAAUCUCGCUUCGCUUGUGUAUCAGAGUGUGCAAAAGAAGAAUCCAUAUGCAUCCAAUUGGCUAGAACGAUUACGAAAGAUAAAGCGUUUGCGCUGUCAGAUAAUGGAAAGUCAAGUCUCUAGUCAGCAGCAAAGUAGCUCUGCAAGUGGCAAUGCCGAUAAAGAUGAUCAGCGAGUCGAUUUUACCAAAUUUACAUAGACGAUGACAACAACAACAACAACUCAUGACUUGUUUCUUUUGUUAGAUGUUAUAGAUAUAAUAUUAUAAUUUUUGUUAUUCUCCCAUCUGAAAGUGCAGCAGUCAUCCCAUACAAAAAAAAAAAAAAAAAAACCAUCCAACGCCAUCAAUCGCCUAUAAUUCAAAAUGAAAUAAUCGUCAUUUUAUUAUUAAUGAAUUUGACAAGUUUAUAAAAAUCUGUGAACAUGCAAUAAGAGACGUUUAUACUUAACAA